UCACGCGGUUUGGGUGUGUGACGUCACAGGUGGCCGUAGUGCGCCUGCGCAGUGUCCGGAGUCCUUGGCUGCUGUCGUUCUCUAGGUGACACACAACAUGCAGAGCUGGACCGGAUUAUACCGCUGUGUCCUCACGCGGAGUCAUCAGUUCACCUGUAAAGUUCACGGAGCUGCAGCGCUUUCUGUCAGAACAUACGCCGACAAAGCAGCAAUCGAUGCAGAUGUUACGGUGAUUGGAUCAGGUCCGGGUGGCUACGUUGCAGCCAUCAAAGCUGCACAACUUGGCUUCAAGACAGUAUGUGUGGAGCAAGGAGCCACGCUUGGUGGGACGUGUCUGAAUGUCGGCUGCAUUCCUUCAAAGGCUCUGCUCAACAACUCCUACUUGUACCAUCUCGCUCACGGCAAAGACUUUGAAAGCAGGGGCAUUGAAAUCUCUGGGCUCUCCUUGAACCUGGAGAAGAUGAUGGGUCAGAAAAGCGGGGCGGUCAAAGCGCUGACAGGGGGAAUCGCACAUCUCUUCAAACAGAACAAAGUGACCCAUGUCCACGGGAUUGGGAGGUUGACCGGAACGAACCAAGUGACGGCUACAGCGCCUGAAGGCAGCCAACAAGUCAUCAACAGCAAAAACAUCCUCCUCGCUACCGGCUCCGAGGUCACACCCUUCCCUGGGAUCCAGAUUGAUGAGGAGACUGUGGUGUCGUCCACCGGAGCUCUGUCCCUGAAGAAGGUUCCAGAGGAGUUGAUUGUGAUCGGUGCCGGAGUGAUUGGAGUGGAGCUGGGGUCAGUGUGGCAGCGGUUGGGCUCAAAGGUCACAGCGGUGGAGUUCCUGAGCCAUGUGGGUGGCAUGGGCAUCGACAUGGAGAUCUCUAAAAACUUCCAGCGCAUCCUGCAGAAACAGGGUCUGAAGUUCAAACUCAGCACUAAAGUUCUGGGAGCCACCAAGAGACCUGAUGGGAAGAUUGAUGUGGAAGUGGAGGUGGCAUCCGGAGGGAAGAAUGAGACUCUGGCGUGCGAUGUGCUGCUGGUCUGUAUCGGCAGAAGACCUUAUACAGAGAAGCUCGGCCUGGAGGCCGUGGGCAUUGAGCUGGACAACAGAGGCCGCAUCCCCAUCAACAACCGCUUUCAGACCAAAGUACCAAGUAUUUACGCCAUUGGCGAUGUGGUGGCCGGCCCCAUGCUGGCCCACAAAGCCGAGGACGAGGGCAUCAUCUGUGUGGAGGGCAUGGCCGGCGCCGCCGUCCACAUCGACUACAACUGCGUUCCAUCCGUCAUCUACACACAUCCCGAGGUGGCGUGGGUGGGCAAGACGGAGGAGCAGCUAAAAGAGGAGGGUGUCCCCUACAAAGUGGGAAAGUUCCCGUUUGCAGCCAAUAGUCGAGCCAAAACCAACGCCGACACGGACGGUAUGGUGAAGAUCCUCGGCCACAAGGAGACGGACCGGAUGCUGGGAGCACACAUCCUCGGAUCUGGGGCAGGAGAGAUGAUCAAUGAAGCUGCUUUGGCGAUGGAAUAUGGAGCGUCGUGUGAAGAUGUGGCCAGAGUUUGCCACGCCCACCCUACUGUGUCGGAGGCCUUCAGAGAAGCCAACCUGGCCGCCUCCUUCGGCAAAGCCAUCAACUUCUGAUCAGCCAUCAUGCCUCCAGGAACCAGAACCCAUCUUGCCCAAUACACCAGGAUCCUGUGAACUUUGAACUCCAUCACAUUUAGUUCUGUUAUUUAAAUGUUGUCAGUAAAAUAAGACCUGGGUGUGUUUGCCUGCAAAUCAGUCUUCAUACAGAAAUAAAAGCUUCAGAGGAUUUGACACUUUC